AUGCCUCUCGGCGACCCGCAAGCCAGCUCUGCUCCAUCCCCAACGUCUUCACUGGCUGCCGUCGCUAUGAAGCUGCCCCCGUAUUUCGACCUGAGGCGCAAUUCUGAGGCGCAAUUUAACUUGGCUUGCAUAACCGCACAACAGACCAAGUUUUACCAAGUCAUUUCAGCCCUUACUCCCUCUGCUGCGGAUGAAGUCUACGACAUACUGCUGCUCGGCGAGCAAUCAGCUUCCGUGGACGAUGACCUUCUGCGUGAGCUCUUUCUUCGGCGACUCCCGCAGAAUGUACAAAUGGUCCUGGCCACAGCGGCUGACAUGACUCUCGACCAGCUGGCCACUCUUGCUGACGCGGUUAUGGAGGUGGCCAAUCCAGCUGUAGCUGCUGUGUUCCCGGCAUUGCUCCCUUCGGAACCUGCCCGACUUCAACCGCGCCAGCCCCCGCAGUCCACCAUUGACGACCUUUGUCGCGAGUUCCGCUCUCUGGCCGCGUUCAUAGCCGCUCCCCACGCGUCAAGACCAGACACCCAUCUCCGACGGCAAAGGCGCGACCGAAGUGGCCGCAGGACAAGACGGUCCCCUUCCACGAACCGUUCCGCCAGCCGACACCGCAGCCCUGCUGUGUGCUGGUACCACCGCCGCUUCGGUGCUGACGUACACCACUGUUUCCUACCUUGCUCAUGGCAACAACAGGGAAACCAGUCGGCGGACCAUUGA